ACAGUAUUUGUUAUUAUGAUUAAUUGUAGCCUACCUUUGGCUGAAUACAGUCUAUUUUUAGAUAAAAUCAAUAUGGAUAGGGAAAUAUAUUAUUGAUAUAUGGACAGUUAAAUCAGUUUGGUUACUAAAAACAAGAGUUUGUAGUUCUGUAAUAGUGUCUGUGUACCCGACUCCAGUGCAAAGUUUGAUGACAGAUCUGCAGGGUAUUAUAAGAGAUGGCAUCCAAUGUUGUAUCACAGGCAGUAACAUCAAGGGACACAGUAUCGCAGUGGGUGGAGAGAGUUACAGGUUACUCAUCACAGUAUGAUGCUGACAGAUGGAAUGCAGGUCAGGUGAUAGGGGAACCAAAAGUUUAUCCAAACUAUGGGGACAGACGUGGAGCCUGGGCAAUGCAGAAUAUAGAUGCUAAUCAAUUUAUUGAGGUUGAGUUCAGGGAGGCUGUGUAUGUGACAGGUAUUGAUAUAUAUGAGACGUACCAUGCGGGAGGGGUAAAAGCAAUCAAAGCCCUCGGUGAUCAGGGGCAAUGGCGCACACUGUGGCAGACAGACAGUGUGACCAGUAUUUCAUCAUCAAGAGUAUUCUCUCCUCAACUUGCUGAAAUGAGUUGUAGGACAAAGAAUAUACGUGUUGAGGUAGACUGUACAGCAUGUGAGACAUGGGUAGAGAUAGAUGCUAUACAACUACAUGGACGUACAUUUUUGACGGUGCCACCUCCUCCUGCUGAAGAGCUUGCUUCUGAUUUUGCAAAAAUUGUAAAUGACAGUACAUUCAGUGACUGUCAGUUCCUGUUAGAAGGCAAACAUACAGUGUAUGCACACAAGGCGAUCAUCUGUGCCAGGUCAGAUUACUUCAAGGCAAUGUUUUCAGAAAAAUCUGAGAAAUCCUAUAUCUCGGCAGCAAUAGAGAUCGAGGAUGUGUCGUAUAUCAGUUUUAUGGCUGUAAUGCAAUACCUCUACACAAACUCUCUUCCGUCAAACCCGUACCCCUGCCCUCCAUAUGACACUGUUUCUCUUACCCAUAUCUGGAGAGUUGCUGAGAGGUUCCAGUUAGCGGGCCUGAAGACAUUAACAAUAUAUCUGAUCAGUGAAAAGAUGGAUGCCACUAAUGUUGUAGACACAUACCUGGCUGCAGCAGAAUCUACUCCUAUAAUAGAGGAAGUCAGAAACAACUGUAUAUUGUUUAUGUCCACUCACCUGCAGUCGAUUGUGAACACGCCAAGCUUUACUGCUCUACCUCAGGAUGUUAUGCUGGAAAUAAUCCAGGGAACUACAGCAAAGUUGAAAAUAUAAGAUUCCAACACAAAAUAGGCAUAAUUAUGUUUCUAUGGAGCAAUGAAACCUCACUAGGCUGUUCAUAUAACCUUCUGCUAAAAUGAGCCGUGCCAUGGGAAAAACAACAUAGUGGGUUUGCGACCAGCAUGG